CUGGAUCAGGUGUGCUGGGAGCGGGGAAAACAGUGCAAGACACUGGGCCUCCAUGACCAGAGCUGAGAAACAGUGCAUUAAACUAAGUAACCUUCAGUGAGGCGUGCGCGCCCUCUAGCGUUCGCGUCUCUCCAUCACAGUCAAGAACAAGUUUUUCUGGCCGUGUGUAACUUCCGUGUAGGUCAAAAUCCGAGUCCCUUCAUUUUUUUCAGAUGGUCUGGCAUGAACUGCACCACAGAGUCCACCUGAGUUCACCCAAGCAGGGGUGAGGGGACUCUGACAGCGCGUGACUGUAGCCGCCCUUUCACCCUCGGACAUGGCAGAUUUGGCCGUUUCUGUCGCUGUCCUGGUCGGAAUCGUGCUGUUCUGCGAGGCGGCGAGGAGGUCAGUUAAAGCCGUGUUCUCCAGAGGGGAUUACAGCCUGUACCUGAUCGAGGUCCUCUCCACUCUUCAGCUCUGCGCAUGCUCGCAGGAGCUGAAGCUGCUGGGCGAAAGUGGGCGCAUUCAGCCGCAGACCGGACUGACCCUCAUCUACCUGAUCACCGUCGUCCACGUCUCAACUUUCCACGGCGCGCUCUGCAACCCCUCGGGCGCUCUCGAGCUGCUGUACCGGGGGUCUCUGCGCCCCUCAGCCUCCUCGGUGUUGAUCGCGUGCCAGCUGAGCACGGCGUGGGUCUCGCGCUACGCUGCGUCCUACCUCUGGUCGUUCGGACUGUCCGACCUGCACCUCGCUCACAAAGCGCAUGGAUAUCAGUGUUUUAACCCCAUCAGCGCCUCCCUGCCCACUGCUGCGGCCGUGGAGAUGACCUGUGCGUUCGUCCUGCAAGCUGCGGUCAUGAACAUCGGCAUUUUCAGCGAGAAUUUAAGAGUCCACGUCAUUGCUGCUGUCAUCACGAGCCUGGCCUAUGCAGGUGGUAGCAUUACUGGGGCAGUUAUGAACCCAGCUCUGGCAUUUUCAAUACAGUUUCCCUGCUCUGGGCACAGUUUCCUGGAGUAUGCAUUUGUCUUCUGGUUGGGGCCCAUUUUAGGUACAACGAGUGCAAUAGCAGUAUUUGAGAAGUUAAUUCCUUUUUUAUUGAAGAGACAAACUUACGGGAAGAAAAUCCAGUAAUGAAGGGGCCAAGAAGAAAAGACAGGAACUUCUACCUCGGUGUUGAAAAGCAUCCUCAGUUAUUCUGUCUUAAUCUGCACACACUAAUAUUUUAAUCAGUCAUUUAGCCACAGGUUCAUUUCCAGGGUUCUUGGGCUGGAUAAUGUGAAGCAGCAUUUAUAACUGCCUAAUUUUUAAUACUAAACUGUUGUGGGUGUCUGUGUGUGAGGGAGAUACUGGAUAUCUAUGGUGGACUGAAAUAUUAAGAUUAAUAUACUUUUAUUUAGUAACUGUUGCAUCAUCUUGAGGUUUUAGGCUGCCUAUUGAAGGCCUGGAGCAAUGCUUGAGAGGGGAAGACUCUUCCCCAAAACCAUUACUGGACCUUGAAGUAGAAACUUGAAGCAACGUGAUAUCAUUACUCUGUCUGAUAUUAAAAUGAUUGAUGGUGUAAGUAGGGUUGGGCAAUGUAGCAAAAAAAAAUAUAUCACUACUUGAAGGAAUUUUCUUGAUACAAUUAGUAACAUGAUUUUAGUUUUUUUGCAUUAUUAUUUUGCAAUGUUCAUGAUAUGGAAUGGGGAAAAAGUCCCUCAGAGCCUUUUAGGUCUUCAGAGAGGACCUAAUGAUUUCUGUGAAAUAAAAAAAAA